AUGUCUCUAUCUGCAUGCGUAACGCGGAUCCUCUCCUUGUCUGGAUUUUCGAGCAAUCUCAAGACGCGUGACAUUCAAGCAGCGCUCGCCGAGUAUGAGAAUGACCGGGGCGGGUUUAAGAUUAAAUGGAUCGACGAUACGAGCCUGUUGAUUGUGUUUAAUGAUGCUGCUGUUGCCAAAAAGGCCUAUUUGUCGACGCUGGUGAAUCCACCGCCUCAGUUUACAUCGCCUACGAGUGACUCCGUGGUCGUGUUGCGUCCAUACGAUGGGCCGGACGCCCAGCAGGUCAUUGCGGCCGUCAACUCGCGCGCAGCUGGCCAUCGAGCACGACCAUCUAUCUCUGCGUCGUCUGGGAAUGUUAUGGCGGGUCUUGUCCAAGCCUCUGCGCCCACAAGUAUCCCGCCGUCUGGGAGUGCGUCGGGCCAUAUGCGGGCGAGCAGCAGGCAGUGGAAGAAACCCAAUGUCGAUACAAGUAAUAAUGCUGCUGGUGUUGCCAGAGAGCCAUCGCCGUCGCUGCCAAAUCUACCAAACCAUCCGACACUGGGAUCGCUCAUCUCGUCGUCGCUCAACGAAAUUACCGACACGGCCGUCACUUCAUAA